AUGUCCGCGCGGAAGACACAGAAGGACAAGGAGGCUGUGAAGCCAAAGAAGGAGAAGGUGGUGUUUGACCUGCCGGGGCAGCUGAGGGAGGCGCCAGAGGAGAAUGAGCCACUUCGCAUCUUCUAUGAGAGCCUAUACAACCAGCUGCCAGAAAGCGAGAUGGCACAAAUAUGGAUGAUGGAGCAUGGUUUGUUGGAUGAGGAUGAAGCGAGGCGAGUGCUGGCUAUCAAGCAGAGGAGAGGAAGCGGCCGAUCAGCACCUGCAGCUGGCCCUGCCUCUGCCAGAGCAGCCACUGCUGUCCGGGCCUCUUCGGCUGCUGCUUCGGCAGCUGCCUCUCGAGCCUCGGCCACUGCCGUCGGCAGCCGAUCCGGUUCGGCAGCAGGAGGCAAGGCUUCAGGUUUACACCCGCACACUUUCAGAGAAAACGACACGCUGCCAAUCGGCAUUGCUCCAUUGUCUGAUUCGGUGUCGGGAGCACCAGACUUCUACGACUUGCCGUUUUACACCCAGCCGCUUUUCUUCUCUAGUGGCAUGCAUCAUGAGCGGGAUUCGUGGGAGUUGCCCAAGAUUGGAUUUAGGUUUGGAGGAGGUCUCUUGGUGUCCGGUGCUGUGGGAGCUACUUUGUUUUACCACUCAACACGACUUUCUCACCAGUUAUCAUAUCCUUCCUUGCUGCUUGCGUUUGGUGGCUUCAUCGUCAUCUCUGGGUGUAUAUCUAUCCGUUCAACCUACUUCCACCAUUUAUGUGGGAAUACGAAGUGGUGGUGGGAAAGCUUCUUUGUCCCAUCAUUCUCAUCACUUUUCUUUGUUGGUGCUGGUUGUGCACUUGCCACACAUUUUUUCUGGAGUGGGCAAGGGCAUGCGGCAUUGAUUCUGGCAGCUUACUCACUACUGGGUGCAAGUGUCGUAGCUCUCGCUGCUGGGGCUAUUGGAUUUCUUGCAAGUUGGCUUUUGGCAUCCAUGGUGUCUGGCCACCGUGUGAAGAUGGAUGGCAGAUCCAGCCUCUAG